UUACAAAAGUAUAUAAUCCAAACUCACAUUAAAAAAGAAAACAAAAAAUGGAAAUAUUACUCAUAUUUUAUCUGCUACUGAUCUCAGUUUCAUUUACAACUUCACAGUCUCAGACAGAUCCAGAGACUUUGCUACGAUGUCUCAUAAAAGAAGGCUCGAACCCUCAGAAUUUCCUCGCCGAAGUCACAUACAUCCCAUCAAACUCAUCUUUCACCACCGUCCUCCGCCGCCGCAUACCUAACCUCCGUUUCGACAAACCCACCACCCGAAAACCCAUCGCCAUCAUCACCCCAACCUCGCCGUCACAGAUAUCUCCGGCGCUAUCUUGCGCACGCUCCCUCCCUCUCCAGGUCAGGAUCAGAAGCGGAGGCCACGAUUUCGAAGGACUCUCUUACACUUCCACCGAGCCCUUCUUUCUCAUCGACUUGUUUAACUUUAACUCCGUCGACGUGAAUCUCACGGAAGGAACGGCUUGGGUUGAUGCUGGCGCUACACUCGGAGAGCUUUAUUACAAGAUCGCUGAGAAAAGCAACGUUCUUGGGUUUCCGGCGGGUUUGUGUACUACAUUGGGCGUUGGUGGACAUGUUAGCGGCGGAGGGUACGGAACAAUGAUGAGAAAGUAUGGCUUGUCUGUAGAUAACGUUGUCGGCUCCAGGUUCGUUGACUCUAACGGGAAUACCUACUUCGAUCGAAUGUCUAUGGGGGAAGAGCUUUUCUGGGCGGUUCGAGGAGGCGGAGCCGCGAGUUUCGGCCUCGUGUUGGGAUACAAAGUCCGGUUGGUUCCUGUGCCGGAGAAAGUAACUGUUUUUAGCGUCAAGAGAACCGUCGGAGAAGGAGCCGUUGAUCUAAUAAUGAAGUGGCAGAAUUUUUCUCAUACUACUGAUCGGAAUAUGUUCGUGAGGUUGACUUUGACUUUGGUCAACGGUACCAAGCCUGGUGAGAAGAUGGUUUUAGCCACUUUUAUUGGGAUGUAUCUAGGCCGGUCGGAUAAGACGUUGAACGUGAUGAACCGGGAUUUCCCGGAACUAAAACUGAAGAAAACCGAUUGUACCGAGAUGAGAUGGAUCGAUUCGGUCUUGUUUUGGGCCGGUUAUCCGAUUGGUACACCGACUUCUGUAUUGCUACAGACGACAGUCACGAACAAGAUGUUUCAUAAAAGAAAAUCGGACUACGUAAAGAGACCGAUUUCGAGAACCGAUCUUGGUUUAAUAUUCAAGAAAUUGGUUGAGGUUGAGAAAGUGAGAAUGGUUUUGAACCCGUAUGGAGGAAGGAUGGGGGAGAUCCCGAGUUCGAGGACACCGUUCCCACAUAGAGGAGGCAAUUUGUUCAAUAUUGAGUAUCUGAUAAGCUGGUCCGAAGCUGGAGAUAACGUCGAAAAGGCUUAUUUGGCUAGUGUGAAUGAGAUGUACAAAUUCAUGACCCCGUACGUGUCUAGUAAUCCGAGGGAGGCGUUUUUUAAUUACCGUGAUCUCGACAUAGGAUCAGGUGUUAAUUCCACGUACGAGCAAGGUAAAAUCUAUGGUGCUAAAUAUUUCAAAGACAAUUACGAAAGGUUAGUGGAUAUCAAAACCAAGUUCGAUGAGAUAAACUUUUGGAGGAACGAACAGAGUAUUCCGGUUCGAAAAUAAUGAGUACGAUACGAAUGUUGUAACCUUGUGACAUGUGUUACAAUAUUCGACAAAAUAAACAACAAGAGAUGUAUGUAUUAAGAUUUGGUUCAAUACAUGUUGCCAAAUGUAUGAUGAUCACACACUCGAAGAUAUAUAUACAAAUGCAUGGAUUGGUUCAUUAAUCAUUACUAUCAA